AUGGACGCCAACCACAGCAGCGGUUACAAACUGUCCCUUCAGCCCACUGUCCCUCACGAACAGGACCCUUCAGAGCAUACGGCGCGGCCAGGGAAUGCCCAGCGACAUGCUAUGUGGUUACUCGACAAUCACGGCGAGAGCAACGACGAUAACGAACAGACGACCAGCAACGACUACACGACUUCGACGCCAGGGCUGAGCAGAGGCCUCUCGAGGCCUCUCAAUCAGCAGGAGCAAGAUCGCCUUGCUCAUCUCGACAGACUCAAGUUCUUUCUUGCGACCGCUCCGAGUGGAUGGGAGAAGAGCAGCAAUGUAGCUGGAUCUUCAGCAUCAUCGUAUUUGCCCGACCCAGCAAACCCAGCACUGAACCGGUUUCUGCUUCCGAGCCAGGAAUUCGUGACCUGUGUACUGUGGAAUGGGCUCUACCACAUAACGGGCACAGACAUCGUCAGGGCGCUGGUGUUCAGAUUCGAGGCCUUUGGUCGUCCAGUGCGAAAUAUGAAGAAAUUCGAGGAGGGUGUCUUCAGUGAUCUCCGGAAUCUCAAGCCUGGUGUGGACGCUUGUCUGGAGGAACCAAAGUCGCCCUUCCUGGAUCUUCUCUUCAAAUACCAAUGCAUUCGCACGCAAAAGAAGCAAAAAGUCUUCUAUUGGUUCUCUGUUCCACACGACCGACUAUUUCUUGAUGCCCUCGAGCGCGACCUAAAACGAGAAAAAAUGGGUAUGGAACCCACCACCGUUAUAUCAGGGGAACCUGCCAUGAGCUUCGUAUACGACAAGAAGCGUAGCCUUUACGAGCAAUUUACUGGCUCCAAAAACCCAGGAUCAGGCGGCCGAAAUGCUUCUACGACCAGUAGAUCAAGCCGAAGUGUCAGCGGCUCUCUUACGCGAGGAAUGGGCGGUGUAUCGAUGCGAGACGGGGAAGGCGAGCUUGAAUGGAACGUCAGACGACUGGAAGAAGAGGGCGUGCUUGGUUCUGGUGCAGUCGCCGUCAGUGGAUCCGAAGAGAGCGACUUUGACGGCGAAGACGGUCCUUCAUCAUCGAGUCGCGCCCCGCAAUCACCAUUCUUCUCAAUGUUUUCUCUAUUCGAGGGCAGUCCAACUUACAAACAACGACGGAAGAAGGGUAACCAUGGACCCUCUGCUCUAGGACUGGAGACAGAGAGGGGUCGCACUGGGUAUCCAAGCGACUUAGGCCAUGAUGAUCCGAUGUCUGGUGGUGUCCACAUCAAGCGCGAGUCUGUCAGUGCUGCCGACAUGUUCAUGAAGCAAGCUCGGGGAGAAUUAGGAGCAGCUGCAGCGCCUUCGGCAUCUUCACUGCCGAAGGUUGACAUACGAGAUGUUGGCGUCUAUGUCGAGGGUCGGUUAGUCAGCGGUGGAGGUGUUGGAUCCGGGAUGAACAUUACCACGCCGCCUAUGCCGACUAGUUCGGGAUCUGCACCGUACCCGGCAGCAUCCUACGAUGCUUUUGGGACAUUCCAAGCCUCCCCAAACGUCGAGAUGACCGAUUCUACAAGCACUACCUCUGGCCCCAAGACCAAGGUGUUUGUUUGUCCACUGUUGAGCUGUGGAAGGAUGUUCAAGCGAAUGGAACAUCUGAAGCGGCAUUUACGGACACAUACAAUGGAGAGGCCAUUUGUGUGCGACAAGUGCGGGAAGAGGUUUAGUCGAAGCGAUAACCUCGGGCAACACCUAAGGGUACAUGGUCGUGCUGACGGGUCUGGAUCUCAGGGUGAUGGGCAGUGGAAUGUCGCUGCUUCCGGCCCGUCAGGUAGCAGUGGUGAUUGGUCGAAUCAGAGCGGGGAAUGGGUUGAAUGGAUUCAGAGUGAUGGGGAGGAAAGCGGGCCGGAAGAUGAAUUUGCCUCGCGCCAAGGGGGAAUCGGCGUUGGCCUGGGGAUGUAUGGCCCUCUCGGCAUGGGUAUGGGCAUGGGCACUAGCGGGGCAGACGGCGAAUGGGCAGCAGCGGCUGGUAAUGCACCAAGCGGUGACAUAGCCAACUACGGGCUGAACGUGGAAAUGUGCGAGAUGGAGGUCUCGGGUGAUGUGAGGGAAGUUCAGGGCGAUGAAGAAGGGCUGGUUGUUGGACCAGAUACCGUUUACGACUACCAAGGCGCUGGACCGUAUCCUCAACAACAGGCGCAGCCAGGAGCUGCCGGGGGUUAUUACGCAUCUGGGUAUACACCAUCAGUGCACCCUAUCGAUGUUUACGGCCGACCACAAUCAAUUUCGUCGAACUCAUCUGGGAGCGGGAGCGUCUACGGAGAUGACGCACCGUACGUCAGCAUGAGUGCACCCUCACACAAGCAGGCCUUCGACCAGUCAGCGUUGUACCCUCCAGGCGUCAUGGACAGCAGUGCAGGUGCCGUACGAAGACACCGGAGCAUGACACCUUCAAUAAUGAGGAAUGGGAGCGGGGACAGCACUGGGCCCGUUCGACGACCCGGAACUUCCUCGGGCGAAUCUCCUGUUCCUCGAGGAUAUCACCCAUAUGCACACACGGGAUACUCGUCGGCGCAGUCGAGCCCGUCCGUGUACCCCGUCGGUCUUCCCGGGAGUAGCGGAAUUACGCGACGCAGUUCCAGUCGGGCUUCAUCUGGUUACGGUGUCGAGGAACAGAUGCGGCAGAUGAUGCGCUCUGAUUCGACGGGGUCUUCGUCACGUCCAGGAUCAUCUCUGUCUCUCCACCACGGGUCUUCGUACGGAGGCGAUAUCUAUCGAACAGAGUCGCCAGCGCAAUUCGGCGGAGGGAUUACGGAUAGUCCUGCCGCGUACGUGACGGAUCUCCCGCAAACGACGUACCAGCCCACACACGCGGCAACGGUUCCGGCGCAAUUCGAUAAGCAUGGGAUGUUUAUGGUGGACCAGCAGCAGCAGUAUACGACGCAGGAGGGGUAUCAAUAUGCACACCCGCAACAUGUGAGCACGAUGUAG